CGCUUGCAUGAUGUCCGGCGCCGCUCGGCUUUCGCUCAGUUGCAUCAUUUCCGCUGUCUCUGCUCACCGGCUGAGGGUCCGCAUUCAGAAUGGUGGAAGCCGUGCCAGAAUCCAUCCACUUCCCCACGGAGGAGGAGCGAAUCCUGCAGCUCUGGGAGCAGAAGGACUGUUUCCAGGAGUGUCUGAAGCAGUCCAAGAACCGGCCCAGGUUCACGUUCUAUGACGGGCCGCCCUUUGCCACCGGUCUGCCUCACUAUGGCCACAUCCUGGCUGGAACCAUCAAGGACAUCGUGACCAGGUUUGCCCAUCAGAACGGCUUUCACGUGGACCGGCGCUUCGGCUGGGACUGUCACGGCCUGCCUGUGGAAUAUGAGAUUGAUAAAUCGCUGAACAUCAAAGGACCUGAGGAUGUGGCGAAGAUGGGGAUAGAGGAGUACAACAAGCAGUGCAGGAGCAUCGUCAUGAGAUACGCUGAUGAGUGGGAGACAUCUGUGAGGCGAAUGGGCCGCUGGAUUGACUUCAGGAACGACUAUAAGACGCUGUACCCCUGGUUCAUGGAGACCGUGUGGUGGGUGUUUAAGCAGCUGUAUGAUAAGGGUCUGGUGUACCGCGGGGUGAAGGUCAUGCCGUUCUCCACCGCCUGCAACACGCCACUGUCCAACUUCGAGGCCAAUCAGAAUUACAAGGAUGUGCAGGAUCCGUCUGUGAUCGUGACCUUCCCUCUUCUGGAGGAUGAGACGGUGAGUUUCCUCGCAUGGACCACCACACCAUGGACCCUGCCCAGCAACCUGGCCCUCUGCGUCAGCCCCGACUUCAGCUACGUCAAGGUCAAAGAUAACAGCUCGCAGAAGAUUUACAUCAUGAUGGAGGCCAGACUCGUCGCUCUCUUCAAAUCUGACACUGAAUACACCAUUCUGGACAAAUUUCCUGGCAAGACCCUGAAGGGCAAAAAAUACAAGCCUCUUUUUGAGUACUUCAUCAAGUGUAAGGAGAAUGGGGCGUUCUCUGUGGUGGUUGAUAACUACGUGCGAGAUGAUGACGGUACUGGAGUGGUCCAUCAGGCCCCGUACUUUGGAGCUGAUGAUUACCGCGUCUGCAUGGACUAUAACAUCAUCCAGAGAGACUCGGCUCCCAUCUGCCCCGUGGACUCAUCCGGUGUGUUCACUUCAGAGGUCACUCACUUCGCCGGUCAGUACGUGAAGGAUGCAGACAAAAACAUCAUCAAGUGGCUGAAGGAGAAUGGGCGUCUGGUGAACUCCAGCUCUUUCAAGCACAGCUACCCUUUCUGCUGGAGGUCGGACACGCCGCUGAUCUAUAAAGCAGUGCCCAGCUGGUUUGUGAGGGUGGAGCACAUGGUGGACAAACUUCUGGACAACAACAGCAAAUGCUACUGGGUGCCUGAGUUUGUCAGGGAGAAGCGUUUUGGCAACUGGCUGAGGGACGCACGAGACUGGGCGAUCUCUCGAAACCGCUACUGGGGGACGCCCAUCCCUCUGUGGGUCAGCGAUGACUAUGAAGAGGUGGUGUGUGUGGGAUCCAUGGCUGAGCUGGAGGAACUGACAGGAAUUAAAGUGACUGAUCUUCACAGGGAGAGCAUUGACAGUCUGACCAUCCCGUCUCGCUGUGGGAAGGGCCAGCUCAAGAGGGUCUCGGAGGUCUUUGACUGCUGGUUCGAGAGUGGCAGUAUGCCCUACGCACAGGUGCACUACCCGUUUGAGAACAGGCGGGAGUUUGAGGACGCCUUCCCGGCCGAUUUCAUCGCUGAGGGCAUCGACCAGACCAGAGGAUGGUUCUACACGUUACUCGUGCUCUCAACUGCUCUGUUUGGUAAACCGCCGUUCAAGAACGUGAUCGUCAACGGCCUGGUUCUGGCGAGCGAUGGACAGAAAAUGAGCAAGCGUAAGAAGAAUUACCCCGACCCCACCCUGAUUGUGCAGAACUACGGCGCCGACGCGCUCCGACUGUAUCUGAUCAACUCUCCCGUGGUCCGUGCCGAGAACCUGCGCUUCAAAGAAGAGGGAGUGAGAGACGUGCUCAAAGACGUCUUCCUGCCCUGGUACAACGCCUACCGCUUCCUGGUGCAGAACGUCCAGAGACUGCAGAAGGAGGAGGCCACUGAGUUCCUGUACAACGAGAGGACAGCCAGCGUGAGCGAGAACAUCAUGGACAAAUGGAUCCAGUCUUUCACCCAGUCGCUCAUUCAGUUCUUCAGAGAUGAGAUGGGAGCCUACAGACUCUAUACGGUGGUUCCCAAACUUGUCAAGUUCGUGGAUAUGCUCACCAACUGGUAUGUGCGGACGAACCGCCGGCGACUGAAGGGUGAGAGUGGUACUGAAGACUGCAUCCGUGCCCUGGAGACCCUCUUCAGCGUGCUCUUCUCCAUGUGCAGACUGAUGGCUCCCUUCACGCCGUUCAUAACGGAGAUGAUGUACCAGAACCUGCGUCAUUUGAUCGACCCGGCGUCAGUGGAGGAGAAGGACACAGGAAGUAUUCACUAUCUCAUGCUGCCACAUGUCAGGGAGUCUCUGAUUGACAAGCGCAUCGAGAACGCUGUCUCUCAGAUGCAGUCGGUCAUCGAGCUGGGCCGUGUGAUCAGAGACAGGAAGACCCUGCCCGUCAAGUAUCCGCUGAAGGAGGUGGUGGUGAUCCAUCAGGACGCCGAGGCUCUCGCAGACAUCCAGUCCCUGCAGAAGUACAUCCUGGAGGAGCUGAACGUUCGCCAACUCACUCUGUCUACUGACAAGGACAAAUACGGCAUUCGUCUGAGGGCUGAACCCGAUCACAUGGUGCUGGGCAAACGGCUGAAAGGCGCAUUUAAAUCUGUUACUGCAUCCAUCAAGGAGCUGAAGAGUGAAGAGCUGGAGGCCUUCCAGAGGACAGGAUCUAUCAUUGUGGACGGUCAUGAGCUUCAUGAGGAUGACCUGCGUCUGAUGUACAGCUUCGAUCAGACCUCAGGAACACCGACCCAGUACGAGGCCCAUUCAGAUGCUCAGGUGCUGGUUCUGCUCGACGUCACGCCGGAUCAGUCCAUGGUGGAUGAAGGUGUGGCACGUGAGGUCAUUAACCGCAUCCAGAAGCUGCGCAAGAAGGGUCAUUUGGUCCCAUCGGAUGAGAUCACCGUAUACUACAGCAGUCAGCCGACUGGGGAAUACCUGGAUCAAGUCAUCCAAGCACACACGGACUUCAUCUUGGCCACUACUAAAGCUCCUCUCAAGCCGUAUCCAGUGGCCCAGAAUGCCAGUGUGAUCGUCCAGGAGAAAACUCAGUUGAAAGGCUCCGAUCUGGAGUUGACUAUCGUGAGAGGAGCCGGAGUCUCCAGAGCCCCGCUGACCACUGCAGCCUGCGCUUACGUCAACCUCAGAGUCACGCUCAAGGACAAAGAGCAAGAGGGUGUCGUUCUGCUGGAGAAUCCCAAGGGAGAUAACAUACUGGACGUGGAGCGGCUGAAGACGGUGUGCUGCAGUGUCUUUGGACUCAACGGUGCGCCUGUGGCCAUAUUCAAUGGGAAGACAGCGCUGCGUGCCGAGACUGAUCUGAUGUCUCUGAGCGGGAAGACACUGGCGGUGACCUCGGGUUCGAGUCCUGCCGAUGUGAGCAGCUCAGACUCUCUGCUCUGUCCGUAUGUCAACCUGCAGCUCGUGAACGCCAGUCCAGCAGAGUGUCAGACGGGAGAUGUGGCCACGCUGCUCUUGAUGAACCCGGCGGGUAAAAACCCCUUACUUCACCCUGAUCUGCUGCGUGAAACUGCUAAAGUCUUCGGUCUGAGAGGAAGGAGACUGAUGCUGUACAUGAACGAAGAGCUCACAGAAGAAGUGACGGCGUCCUCUCUGAAGACCUGAACACGAAGACCCUGUAUGUCAAAGUUCUUCCUACGACAGCAGAAGCGUAACCAGAUCAUCCUGCGUCUAGUAAAGGUCCUCGCAGCAGCUCGUCCUCCUCGCGUCCGCCCGUCGUGAUGCCGCUGUUCCUCAUGCUUUCUGGGUUUGGUGUUGGUAAUGGAAAAGGGAAAGAAUGUGAUGGUCAGAUAAAUCAAUGUUUGUUGAUCGACUCGUUAGAUGAGAGUAUUGAAGAUUCAGACACUUUCUGUAACUGGAGCUUGUGGGGAAGCUUUGAAUAAACCUUUGUGCAAAUAAAA